UCUAAUCAUUGAUGUUAGCCAACUUGAACAAAACUUUUGCUUCAAGCAAGCAAGAAAUUAAUCUUUCUACAUACUAAUUGAUCAUUAAAUACUAAUCAAGCUUUAAUUACUCAUUGAUCCUCUUGUUUUGAGAUAAUAUUUCAUAUUUUUUUUCCAACAUAUAUGGAAGAAGGAUUAGUAGGUCCAAGGAUAUAUAGUUGUUGUAAAUGCAGAAAUCACAUUGCUCUUCAUGAUGAUAUUGUCUCCAAAUAUUUUCAGGCAAGAACAGGGAGGGCUUAUUUGUUUACACAUGCCAUGAAUGUAGAUUUAGGGGAAAAUGAGGAGAGACAACUAAUGAGUGGUUUGCAUAUUGUGGCUGAUGUUAAAUGCUCUGAUUGUGGGGAAGUUUUGGGAUGGAAAUAUGAAAAAGCAUAUAAUGAAACUCAAAAGUACAAAGAAGGAAAAUUUGUUCUUGAAAACUUUAAGAUUGUCAAGGAGGGGUUUUAUGAACAUGUCUCAAGUGGAUGACUCAGUCAACGAUAACAUAUUUAAUGUAAUUUUAUAAAAUAAAAUGUUGAAAAGAAUAAAGUGUAUAUAAAUCUUUUUUAUUGGAUGAACACAAUAUUAACUAUGUAUUUUGAUGUAAUAUUAUUUAUUUAUUCAAUUCAAUAAAGUGUUACAUUGAAUA